AUGCCUGCCAUCUACAACACCCCUCUCAAACAUCUUCUCGCCGCCCGCGAUGGCGAUGAUGACGGUGACGGCGGCUUCCACAUGCCCGGCGCAGUCAUGGCCGUGAUCAUCGUCUGCGUUCUCGUCUUCGUCGGCGGCCUUGCCCUCUGCUGGUGCUGCUGCUGCCGUCGCAAGCGCAAGGGAAGCUCUGGCGGCAGCAAGGAAGACGGCAGCGGCAGCAAGGAAGACGGCAGCGGAAGCGGCAGCAACACGAAGUACGGCUUCGACCCGACGAAGUGGGUCAAGAAGGCCGUCAAGAAGGUCACGAAGAAGUUCAAGAAGAUGUUCACCAAGAAGGCAAAGAAGGCCACCAAGAAGGAAGGCGGCGCCAUGGCCAACCACUCUGUGCCUUACGGCCAGGGAACGCACCCCGGAUACGGCGAGAACGAGCGCUCAACGGCAUACGGUGGACAUGGAGGUUACGACAGACUUGAUGCCCGCGAGGAGGAGACGGUGGGAAUGACCUCGCCUUACGCGACAAGGAACUGA